GUUAUCAGUGGGAAAUGUUGCCUCGUGGAAGUUUUGUGAGGCAGACGCAGACUCGAUCCAGGGACUUUUUCCCAUCACACUGCAGGGUCUUCUGAACUGACGCCCCGCUAUGGGAGCUGCAGAGCAGGGCCGCGGACGCCCCGAGCCCCCGCCAACGUGACAGAGACACGCAAGACGGUGAGUGGUUACUAUGGCAGGUUACUAUGGCAACCUCAGGUCUCUGUGAGAGCUUCCAUUUCGCACAGCGUGGGAGAGAGAGGGAGAGAGACUGAGGGGUGGAGAGAAGAACCCGCAGAGAGGAGAAGGGUGGAGAAAUCGGCAGAGGAGAAACUCAUGGGUUCUUCUCAUUUCACAGAGAGCCUCAGUCAAAUCCCCAGACAGCACGAGAGGAAAAGGGAAUAACAUCUGUUUAUCUGCAUAUUUCUAUGUUCAAAAAACAAGGGGAGAAAAAAACACAGAGAUCGACAGACGUCACGAGACUUCUCAGAGGAUGCAGAAUUAGAAAGAGCAAAUUGCCGCUGGAGGACGAAAGGGGGAGCACACCUUUUCUCUCAGAUCCACCGGCGUGGAGUCACCUCACCUGUACCUUCGGAUUAAAGAGCAGGGUCAUGUCCCAGUUGCCAUGCGCAUCGCAACGCUGACCUGCCUUCCCGGCCCUUCCCCCUUCCUCUUUCUAUUGGCCCAGCUGCUACUGCGGCUCCUCCUCCCUGGGCCGGAGUUGGUGGGAGCCGCCUCCUCCUGCCCCUCCCUGUGCACCUGCUCCAACCAGGCCAGCCGAGUCAUCUGCACCAGGCAAAACCUGGAGGAGGUGCCCGAGAGCAUAUCAGUCAACACGCGUUACCUCAACCUGCAGGAGAACUCGAUACAGGUCAUCAAGUCCGACACUUUCAAGCACUUGAGGCACCUCGAGAUCCUCCAGCUCUCCAAGAAUCAGAUCCGUCAGAUCGAAGUCGGAGCAUUCAAUGGCCUCCCCAACCUCAACACGCUGGAGCUCUUCGACAACCGCCUCACACUGGUGCCAUCACAUGCCUUUGAGUACCUCAGCAAGCUGCGAGAGCUGUGGCUGCGCAACAACCCCAUCGAGACUCUGCCAGGCUAUGCCUUCCACCGUGUGCCCUCGCUACGACGCCUGGACCUGGGUGAGCUCAAGAAGUUGGAUUUCAUCUCCGACGCGGCCUUCGUCGGCCUCAUCAAUCUGCGGUACCUGAACCUGGGCAUGUGUGGGCUGAAGGACAUUCCCAAACUGACAGCCCUUGUGCGUCUGGAGGAGCUGGAGCUGUCAGGAAACCGGCUGGAGAUCAUCCGACCCGGUUCCUUCCAGGGCCUGGUGUCUCUCCGCAAGCUGUGGCUUAUGCACUCGCAGGUGUCUGUCAUUGAGCGCAACGCUUUUGAUGACCUGAAAAACCUGGAAGAGCUCAACCUGUCCCAUAACUCCCUGCACUCUUUGCCCCAUGACCUCUUCACGCCCCUUCACCAGCUGGAGAGAGUACACCUUAACCACAACCCCUGGGUCUGCAACUGUGAUGUCCUUUGGCUUAGUUGGUGGUUGAAAGAGACAGUGCCCAGCAACACCACCUGCUGCGCCCGCUGCCAUGCCCCUCCAUUCUUAAAGGGCAAGUACAUAGGAGAGCUCGACCAGAGCCACUUCACUUGCUAUGCGCCUGUCAUAGUGGAGCCACCUACAGACCUCAAUGUCACUGAAGGCAUGGCCGCUGAGCUCAAGUGUCGCACAAGCACCUCCACAACAUCUGUCAACUGGAUCACCCCUAAUGGCACUUUAAUGACCCACGGCUCUUAUAGGGUGCGGAUAUCCGUCCUGCAUGAUGGCACACUCAACUUCACAAAUGUCACUCUGCGAGACACGGGCCAGUACACCUGCAUGGUCACCAACGCUGCUGGCAAUACCACGGCGACGGCUGUCCUCAAUGUCACUGCAGCUGACGCCAGUGUCAACUACACCUACUUUACAACUGUCACCGUGGAAACAGUUGAGACCCCGGGAGAGGAAGAGUCGGCGUUAAUAGCCAUCAAUGAGACCUUCAUCCGUGUUCACCCUGGCCCCACUCCUUCGGGACACCUGUGGACGGAAGGUGUUUCCACCACGGCCUCCUCUCUGUCUGCCGGCUGGUCCUCCUCCUCUCCUCGGACCACCCGGCCCACCUUCACUGUGCCCAUCACUGAACCUGGCUUCUCGGGCCUAGAUGAUGUGAUGAAGACCACCAAGAUCAUCAUUGGCUGCUUCGUAGCCAUUACCUUCAUGGCAGCGGUGAUGCUGGUGGUGUUCUACAAGUUGAGGAAGCAGCACCAGCUGCAUAAGCACCACGGUCCUGCUCGUGCCAUCGAGAUCAUCAAUGUGGAGGAUGAGCUGGGGGCCGGGGCCAGUGGCCGGGGCAGCGGUAUCUCAGGAGGCUCCACGAUGACGCAGACUGGAAGCAGUGGAAUAGGAGGGGGCCAGAGCCUCAGGCUGCACCACCCGGAGAUAGUCAACCUGCCGAACCUGGCCCGAUCGGAGCACCUCAACCACUACUACAAAGCCCAUCACUUCAACAACAACAUGAUGGGCCUGGGCAUGGGCACAGGCCUCAACAACAACAACAACCCCUCACCUUGCUCUCAGUCUCAGAACACGAUACCGUGUUCCCAGGGUCCAACAUCCACCAGUGGGGGAACACCCACGGGUGGCACCCUGCCCUCUCACAUGCCCCUGCCCCAACUGGGUCUCCACAGUUCUCUGAAAGGCCUCAUGGGGAAAAGCCAGAACGAGCCCCUGCUUUUUAAAAGCGGCUCCAAGGAAAAUGUGCAAGAGACUCAGAUCUGAGUAAAAGUGAGAGUGGAAGUAAGAGGUAAGAAGACGCUGGAUAGAGAGACAGAAAAGAGCCUGUGAGACCGAGUAUAUGAGACUGAUUGUAGCCUACUGUCCUCAUGGGCAGAAAAAGAUUAUAUUUCACAUAGUCGCUGCUUUGUGUUGUCAAUCUGUUGACAGAGAAAGGCAGAUAGGAAGACCUUAGGAGACAGAGAACAAUAUCUGAUCAGUACUAGUCCCACCAGUAGCGCCUGCACACACUUUUACACUAAAUCAGACAAAAAACAUGUAUGAUGUACACUGCAAACAUCAGAGUCAUUCUGUUACCUGUGCAACCUGCAGUAGGCUUUGCCAAAGUCCAAGAUCAAGCCAACUCUUCAUUCGCCUCCACAUUCACAGUGGAAAGCUCUGAAUAAUACACAUGUGCAACGAGCCUCUCUAGGUUUUAUACAGAUUGCUUCGUAUAUUUCCAGACACAUUCAGUGUAUAUAUUUGGAGCGAGACAUAAUAUUGGCCAUUGAACACGUUGUCAGAUUAGUGUUUGGCAGAGACACUGAAUAACAAACAAUGGUUUGGGUGAGCGCUACAGUCCCAGGUUUCCAGGAAGCACUAAAACAAAACAGAGGAAGCAAAAUUAGAGCAGUGCAGUGAUUCUGUCCAGGACACAUGCAUCAGACUAGCAUUUUGCAGGGAGACAGAGCAACAACAACUGUUUUUUCAGAGUGUUUUCACUCUCACUUUCUCACUUUUUCCCUUUUACACCUCGCUGGCUACUGUCUUCUUUAACGGAGGAGAGAAACAGAGUGGUCAAUCACGGUGUCAAGGACAAUGAGAGAUAUAAAAAGGACUGAAAGUACAUAUUAUAUAUACCGUAAAUAUAUUUUCAUUCAAAGAAAUAAAUUAUAAAGAAUCUUUAUCAAGCUUCUGACUUAAAACUACGACAUCUGAAGAAUAUAUGAAAAAAAAAAAAAAAAAAACCACGCAGCUGUUGUAGUGGCCCUCCCUUACAACUUUUUUUCCGAACUUGGAACAAGAUGGCCGCUCCGACUGUGCAGCGUAAGGACACACGCGGGGAGAGUGGCAUCCGUUGUUGAGAGGGAGCUAAAACAAAAACCUGGCAAAGUGUUUGAGUGAAUUUAUUUUGGUCUUGACUUUUUUGUAGCCACACAAAGUGUUUUCCCUCUCCUGUCGUAUUCACAUAAACAGGGUCAUCGGAGGAGGGAGAUCUUUAUGCUCUGCCGCGAAAAAUAUGAAAUAUGACUACAGCUCUUCAUCAUUUGGUAUACAGUAUAGCUAUAGUAUUAAUAAUAAUGAUCAUGAUGGUAGUAAUGAUAACAAGCGUUAGCUUUAUUUGUCAUAAUGGUCAUUUAAUGGGGAGCUCAUUAAAUGAUGAACUAUAUGUCACAAUAUUUUACUGUACAUAUGACUAAAAGUUGCACAUGCUAGUUUAGCAUGCUCUAAAAACAAAUUCUAGAUUUUCUCAACAUUCGGUUUCAACAUAUAGUGUAAGAUCUGUCACAACGAUAUGACAUAUUAUUGUUAUUAUGUUAUCAUUAUUAUCAUUCAUAUGACUAUUAUUAUUACUACUUGUGCCUACAAAUAGCUGAGAAGUACUUUUUUUUUUCAUUUGUAUAUGACACUGAAGUUGUUUUAUGACUGAUCCUGCUGGACUUCGGCUAAUGAACGGCCGUGGGACGAACUCAGCGUGCCACUAAGUGAACUCCACAUGCAUCAGCAGGAAAUAAACCUGGCCCUCAAAAUGGCCUCCUCAGUCCAGCCCUCACUGACUCAUCUGCUCUGAUGUCUCAAGCAGUCAGGACCCCUCAUGCUAUCAUGCAUUAAAGACAGGACAUGAACCUUUGAUGAAGACUGCUCCUCUGCAGGGGAUUAUUUCACAACUGUAUCUCAGUGUUAUCGUGUGUGAGUGGAUUUCAUGGCAGCAGGGAGCUAAAUGGACGACAGGCAUUGCCAAGCAUUUUUAAAGGUAAGCGAAGCUCGUUCACUGAGGGAGAAGGUAACAUACAGUGCAGUAUACAGUGGUGGGUGAAUUUUUUCUAAAGAAAAAGGACAAUUAAAUGAAAAAAUAUAGAAGCUUAUAGAUCUCUUUUAAAAAAAAAAAAACAAAAUUAUUAUGAUAAGUGUUUUCAUUUUGGGUUUUUAUCUAGUUUGAUUAUUUUCUGUUUUUUUAAAAUCAAGUAUUAUCUUUAUUGUAAUAUUGUUAUUGUUAUUAUAAUUAGCUAAUUACACUGGUUAUAAUUAUGAGAGAUGUUCUGUUAGCAGAGGUCACUUUGAAAAUUAAAAAAACCUGGCACAUAAAAUGGCAGUUGAAGUUUGUGAAAUUUGGUGGCAAUUUUUUCCUCUUUUCUGUUAUGAUCAACUUUAACUGUAGUAUCACUGUUUGUAUCCCUUUGGCUCUGCUUGAGAUGAGACAUAGCGAAUGUGAAAUUGGUCAGCACUGGGUCCUAAUUUUUCUGCACAGGGGGACAGGAAAGGCCCUGCUCUGGUUUACAAGCUCACUCACACUCGCUCUGUGCUUUCCUGAAUGUCAUCGCAGCCAUCACAGUGUUCACAGUGCGAUUGCGCUAUGUCAACACCUCGUUGCCAUGACUACACGCUCGAAUGCGCCAAAACGGCGUCACCGUCGGCGUCUCGUAAAGGCACCCCGUCACCCUUUGUCAGUCACGUUCCUUUUAGGUGCCAUAUCUCGACGAGACGGCCAGUGUUCCUUCAAUAGUAGCAAAUCAACCUGAGCAUUGUGCCCAUGUCCUCACAUAAAACACCCCCCCCCCCCCCCCACACCCCCUCCCCCCAGCAUCCUGCCAUCAGGUUUCCCUGGCAACUGUUGCCGCUGCGACAGCCCUUAUCACAACGUCUUGAUUUGGGUUUCGAAUGCUAAACAGACAGGAGCAGACAGUAUGGAAUCUCAUCCGUGUGUGUGCACGUACGGCCAUCGAUCAGAUCUGUUUUCUCCUCGUCCGUGUGUUUGAUUUGUUUGCACCGGCAACCGUAUUUCUUAUGCCGCUGACUUUCUGUCACCGAAUCACGCCAUUUACAUGCCACCGUCCCCUAUGCAUUCAAUUUGCAUAGGCCUCACACCGUUGCUUAAACGCAUUUAUGCACACAACGCUUGUGAUUAACGCUCAUACCCUGCAUCAGUCAUUAACAUAUUCUUUUCCCAGCACAAGGGAUCCAUAUUCCCCUCGCAAGUUAUUUACAUAUUCAUCUGCCUCUGUGUGUGCAAAUAAUGGAGAAAUUAUCAUGUGGGCAUGCUGGUGGGUAUGAGUGUGGCUCCUGUGUGUGUGUGUGUCUAUGUGUGUGUGUGUUUCCGUUUUGUGUACAUCAGUGGCUGAAAGCAAGGACUGUUACAAAAGCUAUUUACCCCUAAUUCCUCAGAUACCGCGUGCCCUGCCCAUCGCCUGUAGUAGCACAUCACUUUUCGGGGAAAAGCGUCGUGUAGCCCCUAUAGCUCCUGUGAAGUGGCACAAACCAGAGGCCAUGUUAUUGAGGCUGUGUGUUAGAGAGCAGCAGCGGUUGAGCCGGAGACACAAAGUCACAGUGCUGCAGUGUCUGAGUCACAGAGCACUGAACACACUCCCAACACUCUAAUGGAAAUGCUGUGUUUACUGUGCAGGAAGGGACCCGCUCAUUCACCCAUUCAGGGAAUAGGUGAAAAAAAAAAAAAAAAACACCAGAAUAUGUGUGUGCGUGUGUGUGUGUGUGUUUAUGUGCGUGUGUGCGUCUGGAUUAUAAAAUGCCUGUUGUACCGUUGUGUAAGGCGAAGUAAAUCAGGACAUUUGAAGCUGUUCAUGGCAAAGGAUGUUCCACCAUUGUUGAUGCAAUACUAGCUAGGUGUGUGUGUGUUUGUGUAUAUAUGUGUGUGUGUGUGUGCGUGCACGUGCGUGUGCGCGCUCAGGUGGGCUUACGCUCGCUAGGUUGUGUAAGGAGGGGAAGAGGGAGGAGGGGCGGUCAGACCUCCAUUUUAAAUCCCCAGUUCAAACCAGCUCUGUCUGUCUCCCUCUGCUUCGGGCUACUUUUAUGAUCCUCUCACUGACACUUAAAGUAAAAGCAGGAUUUCUUUUUUUUUUUUUUUCCUUCUUCGCUUAAGCAGCCCCCUCCACCCCCCCACCUUUCUCUCGCUCUCCGCCUGCAUAUUGGGAUAAACCCAGCUGAUGAAAGGUCUGUUCAAUCAGGCCAGCCUUCUCCUCUCAGCUCUCCUUUUCACUCCUUGUCGAUUCGCCACAACAAGUCGAGGGUCAGGGGUCAAGUUCGGUGUCGGCUUUCAUUUCACUCAGCCAGGUAAUCAAGACUGGCGUUGCCGAUUUGCACUGUGCCAUUUGUUUUUAUUGUUUCGCCCCAGCUCAGCUGUACACGAGAGCAACACCUGUUGGUGCAGCUUAAGUGAUUUCUAAUGUGCGUUUUUUUUAGUUAAUCGCCUCGACAGAGAUGUGACUCUUAGUCAUAACGAUGCACAUGGUCCGCUCUGCUACGGUGGGUGAGGUUUGGUGUUACCGCAGCUAUGAGACGAGAGUCCGCCGCUCGUCGUGGCCGGCAGUGUGAGAAAGCGGUGGCCGCACUAGUGGCGGUCCCCGAGGGCGGUGUUGCACACAUGUUAACCUUGGCACUACAAGCCCCUGCGCGAGCUCCACGCCGCUUAAUUUCUUUUCUGUCACCGCCACCCCCUUUAAAAAUAGCAUCGAAGCGACAGCAGAGCUCAAUGCAUUAUUGAUACAUGUGGUGUCAAUGAUGCAUGUGCUUGGGCGCCAGUGCUAAUUUUCUUCUCCGCUGCGGAGGCCAAAAGCAUCAAACAGCUGUAAUUUAUAUGCAUCGUUAUUGCUAAUAUUUUUCACACGGCCAUCGGGACGCAGAGCCAAACGUGGCAGCUUGUCUCCUCGCGCGAUGGCUGCUGUGAUUCUGUUAAAUGCGGCAGUGUUUUGUGUGCCACUGUGUCACGGAGGCCACCCGCCCUCCACCACCCAGGCCGCCCGCCCACCCAGCAGCAGCAGCAGCAGCAGCAGCCCUGUCUCUCCACCACACUUCGUUGUGCCUCUGCUAAGGAAUGUUUGGCAGUCAGGGCCUGAUUUCAUCACCAUCACGCUGGUCCGAGGCCGAUUUGAUGGCACCAGCCUUCGGAUGCCCGGGUCAUUCUGUUCAGUCAUGUUACAGGAGAACGAAGAGAUUCGUUCUUUCCGUCUCUUACUUAUUUUUGUCGCUGCAACGUUGCUUCUGCAUGGCGCUCGAGAUGUGAUGUGCGCGGACAUCUCUCUGUGUCAUCACUGUGAAAAACCCUGGCCCGGAGCAACUUAUCAAAAAACCGUAGCGCACACACGUAGCAACCACACACACACACACACACACUGACUGACUGAGUGAUUCAUUGAUUGAGGUGGAGCUCUCUCAAACAAUUUAACACAACCGCUGCCAUUGUGCUCCAGCACACACGUAUUUCUUUAUAUCCUGUGAAGGUGUCCUUAAUUUGAGAAUGGCCGGGACAUUAGCGCAUGGCUUAUUUCCUUGUUGCCUUGGUAACCGUGUCGUCGGUCACAAGAUGUCCGUUUUUUUUUUUUGUUUUUUUUUUUUGAGCCGUGUGGAGUCGGAGGGGGCUCGUCGGUGUGUGUGUGUGCGUGGGGGGGCUGUGACGUGAGAGUGAUGAGUGGUGUCUCAGCCCAGAUGACUAUCUCCUCUGUGUCACUCAGCUGUGGGUCAGCAGGCCUGUGAGCUGCAGCUCCGGGGAGAAAAACCGAGAAAAAAAAAAAAAUCCACACAGCCGCUGAAAUAGUAAAAUGGGACACGCUCACAGCCCGUGUAAUUGUAAAGCACAGAUUAAUGGGAAUAGUGAAGCCCGAGUGCUGCUUAACACAGAGCUUCUCAUGAAUGCUUUAUAGAGGAGGAUAUCAGUGUCGUCGUGUGAAAACCUCGCAACUCCAAUUUUGAACAUCGGCGAUAAAAACGUCUCUAUUUGCGCUGAGAAAAACUCCACAGCCCUCAGUGCUGGUGGAACCCUUUUCACAGGUCCAUGGGGUAAAGUUGAAUGUUUGUGUGUGUGAGAGUGUGUGUGAGAGUGUGUGUGUGUGUAGGGGGGGGGUGGAGUCCAAAAGGAGGCCUGUCUUUCUCAGAUCCUGAAAAAAGCUGACAUUUUGGUGGCGAUGCAAGGUUUUCCGCCAGACAGCGACCAUAUUGCGCUUUCAAUUACAGAGCCGUGUUUUGAGAACAGCCCGGGAUGUAAGUGGCUCGUGUUGGGAUUUGGAAACAUUCUUCUGGAGCAACACGAUGCCCUGCAGCGCUGUGGAAAACUCCCCCUCCCAGUUUUUGUGAUGUGUGCGGACUCUGGGACUUGUGUUGGAAUGUCCUGAACCAUUCGUAACUAUUAAAGGAUGCGCUGACCCAGCAGCUGUGCUCCUCUCGGGGGACGGGCUCACUGUUAAGUUUCCAAACGCACAUCCGCAGCCCCGGCUCCUAGAUCCACUGUUUAUGGGCACCUUGGCUCGGCAUCAUAAUCACACUCCGCUGUGUGUGAUGCUUGUUUGAAGCAGGGCGGGGGCCAUAGAGUACAUUUCCACGCUUUGAAGUGUAAAUUCAGGUCUGGCUGGAGCGCCGUAUGGAGGGCAGCGCGGAGAUAGCGACAGCCAUAUGGAUAUAAGCUGCUGGUUUGAUAAUAGAGCCGUCUAACUUGUGAAUGGGUAGUGAGGGUGGCAGGGGGCCCAGGAGGAUGUGAGGUCGAAUCCAGACCCAGAGGGUGACAAGUGUUCUGGGCUCAAAGCGCGGAAAUCUGCCCUCACCCAGAUAAGCCUCCUCAGCUGAGCUUUGAAUCAGACCUGCAACAUCCCUCCAGUGAAAUAAGUUUAAAAAAAUAUAUGCAAGAAACAGUUGUAAACAGUCAUCAAUAUGAAAUAAACUUUUACUGGAGGUAUUGAUUUUUCCUUACUCUUUUUUUUUUUUUUUUUUUUUUUUCCACCCACACAUGUCAGCCAGUGAAGCAUGCUGCUCUUCUCAUUGGUGCUGAUUUAUUUAUCCGGUCUGGCCCUUAAUACCCACAUUUCAUGUCUGCUCUCAUUUCUGCUCCCAGUCAGCGUGGAAAGCAAACCUCACAAGUGAUAUUUUUACUCCCGACGCGCUAAGAGCAACGUUCACAGCGGCCUCAGUUGUGCCGGCCCGUCGUGCCUGCGCCAGUGGAGGCCGCUUACCGCACAACAGCCCCUGUCGCCUCCAGCCUCCCCACCCUCUGAGCCCAGAGGAGAUGGAGUGACAGGGGAGGACAGGGCAGACAGAAAUAGAGAAAGAGAAAGGAGAGCUGGAUUGAAAAGGAACGAGGAUGACAGCAGGAAUGAAAGAUGACACUGAGAGGCAUCCUGUCACUCCGUAUCUAUGUAGGUUUUUAAUCUACAUGUGUGUGAAUGUCAUGCGCAUACAGAGGCCAUGGCCUCGGUGUGUGUGUAUGUGUGUGUGUGUGUGUGUGUCUGUGUCUGUGUAACAUUUGCAUGAGUGGCAUAAGUAUGCAUAUUUAUGCAUACGUCCGAGUGGGUUGCGUGCAUACUCGUGUGCACUUGAGUGCGCACGGUAUCCGUGUUUGUGUAUCUGUGUGCGGCAGAGAUAAAGACAUGAAGGAGGAAGGGCCGCCGCGGUGCUUAUAUGUCACCCAGCGCUGGAGGGGGAAUGACUCCUCUCUGUCCCCGACCCAGGCGAGGCAGAGGAGGAGCACGGCUGACUUCUCCUGCUUCUCUGCCUUUUUUCUCACCCUCUCCUUCAGAAAUGUAGCUAAAGCCUCAGUCACGGCUUCUCUCUCUCUCUCUCUCUCCUUCUGAGUCACACACACACACUUCCAUGCUCGCUCGCUCACAGGAGUGCGUCUUGCAUUAUCCCCCUUUUCCCCCUCUCGUGCUUCUCAUCCCCUUAACCCUCCUGUUCCCCCUCCUCCGCUCUCUCUCUCUCUCCCUCUCUCUCUCUCUACCUCACGCUUCCUGUCUCACCCCUCCCACCCGCUCCCCCUGCCAUUUUUCACCCCCUGCAGCUCGAUGUCAACUUGUGAUUCCGUAUUUAACCCCCUUGAUCCACGCAAACGCGCACGCGCACGCUCGCACGACUAUCCCACGCUCCCGUUUAGCCCCCCGCGCCUCGCUCCGGUCCCCUCUCAGGAAAACGGAAAAACAAACCCAGCAACAAAACCAAGGCUUCUGAUAUUUCCUUCCCUCUGUUCAAUUAAACAUGGCCUCCAUCUGCUUCUUUGUUUCGCUUCGGCUUCUCCUCUGCAAUAUUGACUAUGGUUGUUCUUGUGAUUGUUUCUUUAGACUGUGUUUUAACCUGUUAUAACCACAGAUGUACGAUUAACACUGGAGGAACGUGUCACAGGGGUGUGUGUGUGUGUGUUUGUGUGCGUGCGUGUGUGUCCGUGCGUGGCUGAGAGAGCGUGUGUGUGCGUGGAGGAGGGUGGAUUUGUUCUGCUUCAAGGUUCUGUGCCAAAUCUUUUUCAGAACAUUCAAUCUCUGUUCAUGUGCCAUACUGAGAAAAUUU